ACGUAGCCCGACUAUUUUCGAAUUGUCCCUUGUCAAAGUCGUUUUAUGAGCCGGCGCGUUGGAAUGGUCUAUCAAACGUGACAAGCGGAAUGCUGAAAGAAAGAGGGAAACAUGAGCUUUCUCCUUUCUCGGGUCUUUGCAGAAUGACGGUUAGACAGGGGAAACGAAACUCGAGUCGCAUCGGAAGUCUCGAGACACGAGUCAACAUCUCAUGCUUCCGUUUGCUCAGCAAGGGACAUGAUAGGGAAUUAUGGCGAGAGGGCCAGGCAGCUUGGCCUUGUGCCAGGCAUGGGAAUGGACGGUGCUGCCCAACCUGGAGACUGGGUCGAUACCCUGGCCCCGCAGCGAAACAUUUGCAGUCCAACAAAAGGGUUGGACGUUGAAUGGGUGGUUCGCGAAUGGCAAUUUUGAGAGCUUGAUCUCAGAGACUCGAACCCAACACACGGAGGCCACUACUCGGCCAAUCCUCCAAGGCCCCUCCGAACCUUCGAGGCUGAUGCGAGAGGGUUGGGUCUUGUUGAACUCAGAUCUCGGCCAAAAAAUGCGCCUGCUUUGUACAGUACAAUACACUGCCGUUGCGGGAUUGGGUACUGGGGAAGCAGGAACGCUCGCCCUGCAGGACCUGAAAACGCUCAGCCGGCCUGAGCCGGUAGGCUGUGAUUCCGUCUUACAGAACAGGGCAAGUCGGGGGUGGCUUAUUAGUGGCUCGGUUUCUCACUUUCUGCAGGUUCAGCACACAUUCGGACGAACUUACAGCCUGCCACGAUGGGUCUUCUCCAGUUUUCUGGAACUGGAUGCCCCGCUUUCAAACCCCGAUCAUGAUGUUUCGCGGUUCAGGUGGUGUGGCCGUUGACCGAGGCGUCUCUCAAAAACCUGCUCGGGCAGCUCUUGAAGCACUCACCCCGGGCCUUGGAAGCCGUGUCUGAUGGAACUCUUUAAGAAGCGAGACAUUCAGCAGGCGCAAGACCCUAUGCGGACUUGCCCAUACGUUGUCGCUGCUCCAUGGUUGUCGUCUGUUGCGGAGGGUGACAAAAGUGACAGACGUACGUGGGGCACGCGGCUAGACCGUUUGGUGGAAGCAGUUCGGCUAUUUAAUUGGCGAUGAGUUUUGAGGUGAGGCCGCCUAUUUGUGGGGCCUGCCUGCGUGACGAUUGUUGCCCAAGGUACAC